GUUGCAUAAAGGAGAGCGAAAGUCAGCGUCCAAAAAAUAAUCCCGUCCCGACAUGUUUUCUUCGGGGCUUUGUUUUGUUAUGUACCGCUAGCCAGGCCUCCGAAUAAUGGCCGUCGUGUUGUCAUUGUUGCUGUAGGGAGAAGUCGACACUAUUAAGCAGGCUUUCAUUAGCAAAGCAAAGAUGCCAGCUCGUAGUGUUGUGUCCAACGGCGUUCCUGCCAGUACUGUGAAGUACUCCAGGUUAGCCACUCAUGACGACGGCUACAUUGAUUUACAGUUCAAAAGAAGUCCACCCAAAGUGCCGUACAAAGCCAUAGCGCUCGCCACGGUCCUGUUCUUAAUCGGCUCGCUGUUAAUCAUCAUCGGCUCACUUCUCCUGGCGGGAUACUUUGGAGUCACUCACUCCGACCGCACCAUUCCCGUCCUGGUCAUAGGAAUCCUUGUUUUUCUUCCUGGAAUUUACCAUCUGCGAAUAGCUUAUUACGCAUCGAAAGGAUACCCGGGAUACUCCUACGAUGACAUCCCAGACUUUGAUGACUAAAUGCGUUGUGUCUUGAAGCAGAACGACGUCCUCGAAUUUGUCACACGUCCCCGCUCAGUGAAGGAUGUAAUUUUAGUAGCUUUUUAAAAAAAAAAGUUCCUUCGCUGAUAUGAAGCAAAUAUUGUGUGAUACAUGUCAUCGUUUUGUUUUCCAGUAAAUUAAAACCUCUGCAAUUUAUGACUUAAUUCAUUAUUAUUAUUUUUUUGAUUAGGUGCUUACCUUAUGCUGAGAUAUUUACAUGGAAACUUCUUUUUCCUCACACGACAAAAUGGCUGUGCAGACAAUGUAGCGGAAUAAUGUAAAAAUAAAAGAUGACUUGUUUUUGGCCCAAACUGUAAUUGUGUACUACAAACAGCUGCUUGAUUGUAGUGUAAUUAUGACUUUACUACUGCGUUAGCAAGUGUAAGUGACACAUUUUGAUGUACAAAUUAUUUGUUACUGUGCUUGAGUAGAUUUUUCAGUAUUUCUUUUUCUGGCCACUUUUUAACUUUUAUUCCCUACAUUUGAAAACCGAUAUGUCAUUUCUAUUCUUUUGUCAAGAUAGUCUUUUUUUUUUUUUUUUUUUGGUCAACCUUUGAGGAUGAAGACACAGCAUAAAUAAAGAGAGGUAAACUCA